AUGAGUGAUAAAGAAACAUUUGGUACUGGAGGUGCAGACGAUGAUUUAUCACUUCCCAAAGCAACAGUCACAAAGCUUAUUACAGAAAUGCUUCCACCUAACAUUGCAUGUCCUAAAGAUAGUCGUGAUUUAUUAAUAGAUUGUUGCGUUGAAUUUAUUCGUCUGAUUGCUUCUGAAGCAAAUGAUAUUUGUGAGAAAGAAGAAAAGAAAACAAUUGCAGCUGAACAUGUGAUUUCAGCGCUUCAAAGUUUGGGGUUUGAAGAGUAUCUUAGUGAGGUACAAGAAGUGUUUAAAGAACAUAAGAAAAUUCAAAAGGACCGAGAUAAGAAAAGUUCCAGAUUAGAAAAUUCUGGUAUGACUGAAGAAGAAUUGUUGAAACAACAAGAACUCUUAUUUGAACAAUCAC